AACCGUUUCUCUUUCAGUAGCAAAUCUUCGUUAAACGCUGGUUAGUUAGGGUUUUUCGAUUGACAGUUGCUCGAAAGCUCAAUUACAAUGGGAGUUCCAGCAUUUUACCGAUGGUUAGCUGAGAAGUAUUCAAUGGUUAUAGUUGAUAUAAUUGAAGAAGAAGCGCCUGUUAUUGAAGGAAUUAAAUUUCCACUUGAUACGAGUAAACCUAAUCCAAACAAUAUAGAAUAUGAUAACUUGUAUUUGGAUAUGAAUGGUAUUGUUCAUCCAUGUUUUCACCCUGAAGAUCGACCUUCUCCAACCACAUUCGAUGAGGUUUUCCAUUGCAUGUUUGACUACAUAGACAGGCUUUUCUCAAUGGUGCGUCCUCGAAAGCUGCUAUAUAUGGCUAUUGAUGGUGUUGCACCAAGGGCAAAAAUGAACCAGCAAAGAUCUAGACGUUUUAGAGCAGCAAAAGAUGCAGCAGAUGCGGCAGCCGAGGAGGAAAAGUUGCGUGAGGAAUUUGAGAGGGAGGGUAGGAAGCUUCCUCCUAAACAGGCUUCCCAAAUUUUUGAUUCAAAUGUAAUAACUCCGGGAACCCAAUUCAUGGCUACUUUGUCGAUCGCUCUUCAAUACUAUAUUCAUCUUAGACUAAACCAUGAUCCCGGAUGGAAAAAAAUUAAGGUUAUACUUUCUGAUGCAAAUGUCCCUGGUGAAGGUGAGCAUAAAAUUAUGUCCUAUAUCCGCCUACAACGGAAUCUUUCUGGUUAUGAUCCAAAUAUGCGUCAUUGUCUUUAUGGUUUGGAUGCAGAUCUAAUUAUGCUGGGUUUGGCUACUCAUGAAGUUCACUUCUCCAUACUCAGAGAGGUCAUAUUUACUCCAGGCCAGCAGGACAAAUGUUUCCUUUGUGGUCAAAUGGGUCAUUUAGCUGCAAAUUGCAAUGGAAAGGCAAAGCGAAAAGCAGGGGUUUUUGAUGAGAAAGGAGAUGCUGAGGCAGUGGCAAAGAAACCCUUCCAGUUCCUCAACAUCUGGACUCUACGGGAGUAUCUGGAAUAUGAUUUGAGAAUUCCCAAUCCUCCCUUUGAGAUUGAUUUGGAGCGUAUUGUUGAUGACUUCAUAUUUAUGUGCUUCUUCGUUGGCAAUGAUUUUCUACCACAUAUGCCCACACUUGAGAUUCGCGAGGGUGCGAUAAACUUGUUGAUGGCUGUUUAUAAGAAGGAGUUUAGGUCUUUGGGAGGGUAUCUGACUGAUGCAAGCCAGCCAAACCUUGGCAGGGUAGAAUCUUUUAUUCAGGCGGUAGGAUUAUAUGAAGAUAAGAUAUUCCGAAAGAGAUCUAAAAUGCAUCAGAAACAAUCUGAAAGAAAUGAGCGUAACAAGGCUCAGGCAAAAAGACAGGCAAAAAGACAGGCAAAAAGAGGAGACGACUUUGCACCUCAAGUUGCACCUGAAUCUCUGGUUCCAGUUGCUCGAUUCCAUGGUUCUCGUCUCGCUUCAGGUCCUUCACCUUCCCCCUAUCAACCGGGAGGAGCUUCAAAAUCUUGUAGACCUGAUCAGCUUGGGCAGACCAGCUCUAGUCUUUCCAUCCUUGACAUUAAGACCGAACAGUCUGACACUUCUGAUGAUAAACAGACUGCCCGUUCCCGAAAAAACAAAAGGAAAAGGGCUGCUGACCGUGCAAGAAAGAUAGCACGUUUGAGUUCCGAGGCCACAAUAGGAGCUGCAAUUGUUGAAGCUGAAGUUUCUGAAAACAAGGAAGAAUUGAAAACAAAACUAAGCAAGUUGCUUCGAGACAAGAAUGAUACUUUCAAUUCAGAGAAUCCAGAAGAAGACAAGGUCAAACUGGGAGCGCCCGGAUGGAAAGAGAGGUAUUAUGAUGAAAAAUUUUCUGCAAAAACACCCGAGGAAAUGGAAGCAGUACGAAAAGAAGUUGUGCUAAAGUAUACAGAAGGGCUAUGCUGGGUUAUGCAUUAUUAUUAUGAAGGGGUUUGUUCCUGGCAGUGGUUUUAUCCCUAUCAUUAUGCACCAUUUGCUUCUGAUCUCAAGGAUCUUGGGCAGAUGAAUAUCACAUUUGAACUAGGUUCUCCUUUCAAGCCAUUCAAUCAGCUGUUGGGGGUAUUCCCUGCUGCCAGUGCUCAUGCUCUACCUGAGCAGUACAGGAAAUUGAUGACAGACCCAAAGUCACUCAUUGUCGAUUUUUAUCCUACCGAUUUUGAGGUGGAUAUGAAUGGCAAGCGCUUUUCUUGGCAGGGUAUUGCCAAAUUGCCUUUCAUUGAAGAAGCAAGGCUCCUAGCAGAAGUUGCAAAAAUUGAACAUUCUUUGACGGAAGAAGAAUCACGAAGAAACAGUGUGAUGUUUGAUAUGCUUUUUGUGUCAUUAUCCAAUCUUUUGUCUCCAUGCAUUUUUUCUCUUGAUGCACGCUGUAAGCAGCUUACAGACAGAGAGCGUCUUGAAGUCAAGGAGCGGUUGGACCCAAUAGCUAGGUUUACAUGCAGUGGUGGGAUGAAUGGCUACCUAUCCCUUUGCAGCGGAGAUCCUUGUCCUUCGAUUUUUAAAUCACCUAUUGAAGGGAUGGAAAAUAUUACACAAAAUCAAGUCCUAUGUGCAAUAUACAGACUUCCAGAUACUCAUAAACAUAUCCCUCGGCCAAUGGAAGGGGUCAUUUUCCCCAAAAAGAUGGUCACAUUAGGUGAUAUGAAACCUGAUCCUGUACUAUGGCAUGAGCAAUCUAGCAAGAAACCUUGGGAAAAUGGACGGAACCGCCACCGUGGUGCAAUGUCUGGUAGGAACCACCACCGUGAUGCAAUGUCUGGUAGGAACCACCACCGUGGUGCAAUGUCUGGUCUUCAGCUUGGAGAAGCUGCACACAGAUUGGUGGUUAAUAGCUUGCAGAAGAAAGAAGAUAGGGGUGGAAAUGGUGAUCACAGGCGUACACAUAAUGGCCAAGGACAUGGUAAUUAUAUGCACGCCCAACCAGCGUCCUAUCGUGCUGCAUAUGGUCCUCCCAUUCCUUCCUUUGAAACCCCGAGAAACAAUGUUCAUGAAAACAUACGGCCUAGUUUCGGUCAUUCUGCUCGAGAUGCUGGACAUCACCCCAGAUCUUCAGGUUCUGAUGACCAUAGUAGUAAGUCUCGCCCAUUUCAUGAGACCGGCAGUAGAGAUUAUCGUGGUCAUGGACAUCACACAGAUGGAAUGCAGAAAAAUGGUGCACAGAGUCAUUCCUCGUAUGCCAGUCAUCCUCAGCACUUGGGCCAAAUACCAGUUCCACCAACUACCAGUUUCCACCAGCAGAGUGGAUAUGACGCUUCUAUGAGCUAUGAACCUCGCGGAGCUGAAAGCUAUAACCAACGGGGUGGUGGAAGGGCCUCUCAGAAACAAAAUGGUAGAGGAUAUCAUCAUCCACAUCCUUCAGGAAAUCAGUUCUCAGCUUUUGGGAGGGGAGGAAAGAGAAGGCCACCUUCAGGGCAUCGUCGGUAGAGAGUCCUUUUAGCCUGGACUAUUUAAUGCCAAGCUUAGUUGCUAGUACGCUGAAUCCUGCGAACAAUUUUCAUACUUUUGGUAAGCAAGGAAGAAGAUCAAAAUAGCUGUUUCUGUCGAUGCUAAUUAUCUGCAGGCUGCUUUCUGGUGCUUAUCAUAACGGUUAUUGUAGUGCUUUAGCUAUGUAUCUUUUCCAUGUUCUUUAUUCUUAACACACAAUGUCAGUGAGUUUCAUUUGUUUGAGCAAGCACAAUAAAUUAUUUGAAAGGUCAAACUUGGAUGUAUGAAGUUAAAUUUUUGCAUCUAGUAGACUGGUUUAUCUGUAUUCUGAGUGCUUUAUUUGCUAAACAUUUUGGUGUAUUGCAUUAAUUGAAGAAAGGAGAUCAU